CGGGCGCGCGCAGCCAUGGGGCCGCGUCAGCCGCGUGGGCCGCCGCCGAGCCACCUGGUCACGAAGGCGGCGGCGCCGCGCUUCGAGGCGCCGCCCGUGGUGCCGUCGAGGCUCGACCGCAUGGAGUUGGCGGCGUGCCCAUCGAGGAUGACGGCGCCGCCGCCCGUGCCGAAGCCGCCCGUGGCGCCGCCGCCGCGCGUGGCGAGGCCGCCCGUGGCGCCGCCGCCAGUGGCGAAGCCGCCCGUGGCGUCGUCGGGUGCCGUGGCGCCCGCGCCGCUGCGGCCGCAACGCGCUCGCCGCGACGACGAGUUCGCGGCGCCCUCGCUCGAUGAGAACGCCGCGGCGUCUCGUCGGUGGCUCCUCCAGCGAGCUCGCGAGCUCUCGGCGGCCCCAGCCGCCGCCGCCGCCGUCGCUGAGGAGGGCGCCGCCGCCGUCACUGAGGAGGGCGCCGCCGCCGUCACUGAGGAGGGCGGCGGCGCUGAGGAGGGCGCCGCCGCCGUCACUGGGGAGGGCGCCGCCGUCACUGAGGAGGGCGGCGACGCCGAGGUGCGGCUUCGGAAGCGGCCGCGGGCCGAUAUCGAGGCCGAGGGGGGCAGCGCGGCGCGCCGCUUCCCGAGGGCGCGCGGCGAGGGGUGGGACGCCGAGGCGGCGGCGAUCAGGCCGCCGCCUGUUGCGCCUGAGGCGCUGCGCCGCGGCGGGGAGGGCACCGAGUGGGAGAUGGCGCCGUGGUGGCCCGACAUCGAGGUCCACCACAGGCGAUGCAUGCAGUCCCUGGUCCUGGCGUUCCAGCAUUGGAUCGAGGCGUCGGCCCAGUACCAUGCCUUUGCGGCAGAAAUGCGGAGGCUGGGCCUGGACGGCUAUCCGGCAGCAGCGAAGGCUUCCUACGACCAGGCGUGGGAAGAUUGGACGGAGCAGGUGCAGUUCGAGGUCGCAGACGACGGCGGGGUCGACUGGUCGUGGCGGCCAGGCAGCCGCUACGACGUGGCGUCGCGGCAGCACGCGGCGGCGGCAGGAGCGGCAGAGGCAGCCGCCUCUGCGGCGGCGGGAGCGGCAGCACGCCCGCA